AUGAGAGGUGAAAUGGUGAGUGGGUCAUGGCUCAAUUCUCUGUGGCCAGUUUCGCGCAAGAAUGUGUUAGAUGACAAGGCGGUAGUUGGAAUUUUGGCAUUAGAAGUUGCGAGCUUGAUGUUGAAGAUAACUAAUUUGUGGCGGUCUUUGAGUGAUUGGGAAGUAAUGAGUUUGAGGGAAGGGAUAGUGAAUUCUGUUGGGAUUAAAAUGUUGGUUUCUGAGGAAGAUGAUUACUUGAUGGAGCUUGUAUUGAAUGAUAUACUUGAUAACUUUCGAUUUCUAGCGCAAUCUGUUGUUAGGUUUGGUAAGAGGUGCACGGAUCCGGUUUAUCAUCGGUUUGAACAUUUUGUUCGCAAUCCGGUUCAAAAUUAUAUUCAAUGGUCAGGGUGGGAAUAUAAAUGGAAAAAGAUGGAGAGGAAAGUGAAGAAAAUGGAAAAAAUGGUUGCCUCCACGACACAAUAUUGCCAAGAGCUUGAAGUACUAGCAGAGGUUGAACAGACUUUCAGGAGAAUGCAGGCGAAUCCUGAACUCCAUCGGGUAAAGUUGGUCGAAUUUCAGAAGAAGGUCGCGUGUCGUCGCCAAGAAGUGAGGAAUCUAAGAGAUAUGUCGCCGUGGAAUAGAAGUUAUGAAUACGUUGUCCGGUUGCUGGUAAAAUCACUAUUCAGCAUACUCGAGAGGAUCAUACUUGUGUUUGGAAAUAAUCAGAUACCGGCGUUGCAACAAGAAAACGACUCCCAGGAUGUGAAUGCUAACAAUUUUCUGCGUAGUCAAUCUUUCUCUGUUUUUAUGCAUUCUUCUAUUUAUCCUUCAGAGAAUGACCUCUACGGAUUCAACAACUUGGGUUCUGUUGGGAGGCGGCGAUACUUUUUAUCCGACAAGAGCAAGAAAACGAAGGAUCAUAAGAAGGCUCUUCAUCCAUCAGAUAAACCCGGAAAGCACAAACGUUCGGAAAGCAAGCAGUUAGGAAAUAUCGGUCCAUUCAAAAGUUGCAUGUCUGUUACAAGCAACUCUCCUGUCAUACAGAGCUGCGUGCAGCAGACAAAUGGUUACGGUGGUUCCAUGAGGUUGCCAGAUUCUCAUACGAAACAUGUUGACAAAACGAAAACAGCAGAAAAUUCAUCUCUCCCCAUUAGAAUUAGAAUAUAUUCUAAAUUACGCAUCAACAAUACGUCAAAGCCAGGUUCGCUUACCCUUGGCGAUGCGGCUUUAGCCCUACAUUAUGCAAAUAUGAUUGUAUUGAUCGAGAAGAUGGCAUCAUCGCCUCACUCGGUUGACCUCAAAGCAAGAGAUAAUCUGUACAAAAUGCUUCCAACUAGUAUACGAAUUGUUACGAGGGCUAAGCUCAAAUGUCAUAUGACAAACAAGUCUUCCUCUAUCCAUGAUGCAGAACUUGCAGCGAAAUGGAGUACCGCGCUUAUGCAGACGUUAGAAUGGUUGGCUCCACUUGCGCAUAACACCAUAAGUUGGCAUUCUGAGAGAAACUAUGAGAAGGAGCAUGCAACUGUAAAAGCAAAUGUUUUACUAGUGCAAACUCUUUUUUAUGCAAAUCAAGCUAAAGCUGAAGCUGCAAUGGUUGAUCUCCUUGUUGGUCUCAACUAUGUAUUCAAGAUUGAAACAAAAGUAGGUAUGAGAGAUAGAUGUGAAUGUUGA